AUGAACGGCGCAUCGACGAGCAAAGGGGAUCUGCAGUCAAAGGGCAAUAAGGUGAGCGAGAAGGCGAAGAAGAAGGCCAUGCAAGAGACUGGCAACUCCCUGGUCCAGAAAGAGUCCAAGGGCCGUAACUCCAGCGCACCCUCUAAGGAUGACGAAGCAAGUGAGGAAGAUGACAUGAGCAAAGGAGGAGCGGGUCCCUCAAAGGGAGGGAAAGGUGCCCACGGGGGGGGCAAGAUGUCAUCUGCUGCUGCCAAGGAAUGGGCAGAGGAAGAAGGGGAAGACGAUGAAGAUGACGGUGCAGCAACCGAGACAGAGAGCGAGGAUAGCAAUGAAAGUGACAGUGCAGAGAAUGACAGCAGCAGUGGCAGUGAGAGCGAUGAGGACAUUCCUGUGGCACGCAAGAAAUCCUUCAAGACUGCAAAGAAGAGCAAGCCUCAGCCUCAGCUAAGAGUGAAGAGGAAAAAAAGCAAGCACAGUAGUAAGAACAACAAUCUGGAGCAGCUGCUGGAGUCCUUACUGGAAGAGAAACUUGCACAGCGAUCGAAGGCAUCUGGAAAGACUGCAGAGAGGAGCCGCUUGACCAAGAAGGACAUCGUGCAAUAUUGCCAUGAGAAGCUCUCCAAGAAGACGAUGUACCCUUCAUCCGCUGCCAUGGAGAAGGCAGCAAAGAAGCUGGCGUCCAAGGAAGAGAAUGGCAGCGCAUCAUUCAGACGCGCCAUCGUCAAAGUGAUGCGCACCGCAAUGACAAAGCAGGUGCGAGGAGAGACUGCCAAGGAGAUCAAGGGAGCACGGAUAAAGUACUAUGGGCUCCUGAAGAAAGAGGAGAUGGAGGCCAUGCUGGCAGAUGUGUCAUACAGGAAGGAUGGAGCACAGCAGUAUGGCGCGCAACCCUUCUUGAGCCUGCUGCUGGACGUGUACAACCCGCCCAAGCAGGCAGGGGGCGCAAUGCAACUGAGCGCAGCAGAGGUGGCCUUUGCCGAGAUGGGUGUGUGGCUAUUCCUGAACGGCAUCCCUGAGUUUCCAAAGGACACCGCAGAAGGCAGAAAGCAGAGGCUGGAGUAUGACCGCUUCCUUGCUGAGGCUGCAGCUGGGAUCAACGAGAAGGCACUCAUUGUGAAGAAGACCAACUGA